AUCUGAAAUUGAGAUGGGUGACCUAUUGGUUCAGGCUUCAAAAUACAACCUUGUUCUUCUAUACACAGAAGAACGGCUGCGCCUCACACCUGAGAGGCCAUUACUACAUGUACACAGUUCAGUCCGUGCGAGAGGUCCACAGAGUUGAUGGCAAGCGCUUCCUGUUUGAGAUCAUCAUGACGAAUGGAAAGAGGAAGGUGUUGGCAGCAGAGACCGCAGCUCAAAGAAAGCAGUGGGUAGGACUCCUAUGGCAAGCCAUGACUCUCUUGACCUCCGGGGUCACAGGCUCCAGGAGCACACGCCUCGACGUGUGCGAGCAGCGAGAGAGAAUAAGCGGCAGCACGCCCGCCUCCUCACACGGUGCGAUGGAGUCGCUCCCUGCUCGGCCCCUCUCGGCCCCUUCGGACCACAUCCAGCCUGAGACCAGCGGCAUCUCCUCCCUCACCUGGCGGUCUGAGGAGCCAAACCACGAGGAGGCCGCGUCCCCCAACACACCUCCGGACCGCAGCUCCCAGCAUCAUAAUGGCCACAGCGUCGACAGUCCUCAGAGUCCUGAGCGGGCCAGCGGGCCGAGCCAUGCAGAGGACACACCAGAAGGCGACUACGACAUACUACCACGUAGAAACGAGGUUUGUGAGAGCAGCGCUUCAACGGAGAUGGGCGAGUACGACGUUCCUCUCUCUUACAGGAGGGCUGCUGAACAUCCAAGUGAGAUAACAGAGAGCAUCUAUGAAGUACCGAACUCUCUUUUGAGGAGCAUGCCUGAUCACACUUUAGAGGAGCAGCCGGAGCACGGGGUCGUCUGGAGGAUAUGAGAGCGAUGGACUGGAGGGAAGCAGGACGGGUGCUGCCUGAUAUCUGAAACUUUGUGUUUAAUUAUCUUACUGGUUUGAGCAAAACAAACUGUGUUCAUGCAACAGAUAAAAGAAUAGAAUAAUAUAUAUAUAUAAUAUAUAUAAAUUGUGUUUAUGUAAAUAUACACACAAAAUAAAUAGGUUCAACUGUGGUAUUUAUUUCAGACUAAGAAUAACAGCCAUUUAUAACUCCAGAGAAGACGGCACAGACGUGUUCACACAGACGCACUGUGGUCAGCUCGGUCACACGGUGGUUCACAAGUCAAAAGACGUUUACAUGUCCCCUGCUCGACAGUGUAAACAUCAUAUUGCUGUAUUAACCCUUUGUGUAAUGAAUAUCAGAACAUGUUGCAGAUACAAUGAGAGGAAAAUAAAGGCAUGCCAACAUCUA